CCAUAUCCCAUCUGUCACAAAUUCUGUCAUUGGGCAGGACACUAACAUUAUUUGAUGUUAGUAGGAUUAUUCCACAUAAGACAAUUAGCAACGCCGUCACGGGACACCAGAAGGAAUGGGCUCAGGGGAGAGUACGACCAGAAAAGUCUCUUUCGGUGUCGACGACGAGGACAGAGUCAGGAUUCUUCGUGGAGUCAAGCUGUCAGAAGAUGUUCUCCAGAGGAUGAGAGGAGUAGCCAACAUUGCUCCAGAACGCACAUCAUCAUCACCCUCAAGCGCUCAGAAAGACACAGGUGCCUCUCGCAGUCCCAGCCCAAGCUCACGACCCCAGCAGAGCUCACAGCACCGGCCCCAGCCCAGCACCCAGUCCAGCACUAGCAAACCAGACUCCCGCACUAAGGAAGAGCAGAGGAGGUACGAACAAAAGCAGAAGAUUCACAAAGAGGAGUUGGCCAAGGCGGCACAGAGAGAGAGGGAGGCAGCUAUGCAGAAGAUGACUAAAGCCAUGAACCGGGAAAGACAACACACUCGCAAGGAAGCUGAGAAGACCAAACAACUGUCGCCAGAUGAGAUGGAGGUGAUGGCUCAGCAGCUACAGAAGAAAGAUUCACAGCUGAAAGCGCUGGAUGCCUUCUACAAGGAGCAGUUGGCACAACUGGAGAAGAGGAAUUUGGAAAGAUACGAACACAGCAAGGAACAGUUCCACCAAGCUGCCUCCAAGACUGAAGCAAACGUGAGUGCGCGUAAUACAGACCCCGUGUGUGCUGGCCUGCAGUCUCAGAUUUUAUCCUGCUACAGGGAGAACGGAGACCAGACCCUCAGGUGUUCAGACCUCGCCAAAGCUUACAUGCAGUGCAUCAAUGCAGCAAAGAAGAACCUGAUGAUCAACCACGGAUGAAGAGUGGGAGGAAAAGGGUAAAACAUUUACUUGAGAAGGCUUUUACUUUGGCACUAAGAGUGGCACUUGUCGCCACUCCUGUUUUGAAUUAUGAGAGAGUUGAUUUGCUGUUAGCAUGCCUUGUUUUUAAAAGUUUCCUAUUACGCUAUUUAUCCGCAGUAUCAUCGGUUAAAGUUGUUGCUGCACUGCACUGCUUCAUUCUACGGGAAAGUUUUUUUUUGAAAGAGUGUGUGUGUUAGGUUCAUGGUCUGAGUCAGUACACUUUCAAUUUAGUAAUUUAAAAGAUCAUCAGAAAGUAUUUCUAAGAUUUAAGCUGUAAAGAUGAAGUCAGGGUCACUCCUACCAUCAGCUGAAUGAAAUUCAGUUUACGUCCAAACCUCUGCUGCUUUUGUAUGGAAUGAAAAGGAAGAAAAGCAUUCCAGGUUGGAGCUGAAUCAGGUGCAAAGGGACCGUCCUUGUUUUGAUCUUUAACUGAAAGAGGAUUUUACUGCUUUUAAGUUUUAUGGUUUUGUAUUUUUUUUAAACAACACAGGAAUAAGCUCAGGUAAUCCUGGCCAUGACUUUUAAGUUCAUUAGACCUGUGAUGUAUCAUAUGAUUUUAUUAAACCAUUCAUAUCGGGUCUCAUCUGUGUCUUUAGUUUCUCUACUCAUCUACUACUCAACUAGUUAAUGUAUUAAUGCCCUGUGUAUUUCAUUUCAGCUAAGUGGUUAAUUGAUUCCUCAGCAGAAGUCAAAUCGCCUUUAUGUCCUUAAAGAACACCUUUCAAUGAAAUGAAAGAAAAUAGAAUGACAGUGCUUCACAGAGCAACAAUGACAUUAGAAGAAACCUUGGUAUGUUUGGUGGUUAGUUAGAGCCUGACACCAGCCGCACUGCACUGUUUAAAUCUUCGAAUGGUUAGGGCACUGACUGCAAUGUGCCGUUCCCUAAUUAUGGAACUCAGACUCAACAUUUGAAAUCUCAAUUUUACCAUGAAAUAGUGGCAAUGAAAACCACUUUUCAAUAAAUGAACUAUAAGUUUGAGAUGAGUGAGUUUUGGAGCUGUGAGGAAUCUGAAACAGCCUGACAAAGGGGAAGUCGCUGAUGACGGAGACCCCAAAGAAAAUUACAAUGUGGUUUAUUCAGGAUUCUGUUGAACAAAAAAAAAAAAAUCCAUCAGGAGGACACAAAAAGCAUCUAGUGUCAUAGAUCAUCAAUAGCUGGGUAUCCAUCAAAAAUGCGGCGCAAAAUUGAACAGAACUACCAUCUACUACUGAUAUGCCAGCAGCUGGUGGUACUAAUCCUCCAGUCUGUGAUGUUAAACCAUUGCAGAAGAAAAGGACACAAUGAGAUGACGUGAUUAAGAGCUCCAGUCAAAUGGUGUAAAACAAUGUAGAGAACAUGAUGGAAAUAUGGCAUUUUCAUGUUUGUUUCAUGUAUUGAUUUGGGGACUGUCCAAACAAAUCUGAUUAUUUCAGCUGCUGCUAUUUUUCUGACUCUUCAGUCACUCGCUUCGUCUAUGUCACCAUUCAUUUCAUUUGCUAAAUUUGUUCCCAUUGCCGUUUGUUGCGCUUCACUUUUUUUUUUAUCAGAACACCGACUUUUACACCUCAGCCAAGUGAGAAAAAAAGCAAUAUUUUGAGUUUUUAUUUCUCAAAUUUUCUGGAUUUCUGCAUGCAAGAUAGAAGUAGAAGUGCACUGGAGAAACAAGGAUGAUGAUACUGACGGAAAUUUCAACAGAGAAAAUGCUGUUAUUCAGACAUUGGAGAAAUAUUGAUCAUUAACAAGGAAAUUGAUGGAAGUAAAUGAGAGCUUGUGAAUGUGUUCAUGAAUAAAAUGUGUGGAAUAAUUC